AGUAUGGCCUUCAUAGCAAAGACCUUCUACGAUCUGCGUGCGACAACGCUGGAGGGAGAGUCGGUGGAUUUUAAUAUAUACAGGGGACGGGUGGUAUUGAUAGAGAAUGUGGCCUCGCUUUGAGGUACAACCACGAGGGACUACAGUCAGCUCAACCAGCUACAAGGGAAAUAUCCCCAUCGAUUGGUUGUCCUUGGUUUCCCCUGCAAUCAAUUUGGCUACCAGGAAAACUGUUCCAAUGGAGAAAUUCUGCAUUCGUUGAAAUACGUGCGCCCCGGAGAAGGGUUCCAGCCUAUCUUCACCAUGUUUGAGAAAUGCGAUGUGAACGGAGAGAACACACAUCCCGUUUUCGCCUACUUGAAAGAUAAACUGCCGUAUCCCGCCGACGAUCCGACCACUCUCGUCCAAGAUCCUAAAUUCCUCGUCUGGAGCCCCAUCAACCGGAACGACGUCUCUUGGAAUUUUGAGAAGUUCCUCAUUGCGCCAGAGGGUGAACCUUUUAAACGGUACAGCAAAAUAUAUCAAACUAUUGACAUUGAGCCCGAUAUACAACGUCUGCUGAAGCUAACCAAAACCUAG